AAGAACUCUCUCUCUCUCUCUCUCUCUCUCUCUCUCUCUCUCUCUCUCUCUACAUGUUCUCAAUCAUAAUCUGCAAGUCCUCUGCUUUUGCAAAGAAAAUCCAAAACCCAUUUGUUUCCAUCCAUCUGAAUUCGAAAUCUCCGCAUCCAUGGCUCCAAGAAAGCUUCUUGUUUUCUGGGUCGUCGUCUUCUUCCUCAUAGCCCUCUUCCUCCGCCGUGGCUCCGCCGAGAACGUCAACUUCUACUUCCCCACUUUCAACUUCCGAAACCUUACCUUCCUCGGCGACUCCCACAUCCGAAACGGCGUCGUUGGCCUCACCCGUGAGCUCACGGUCCCCUCCUCCAGCGCCGGCGCCGUCAUCUACAACAACCCAAUUCGGUUCUUUGACCCGGAAUCCAACAUCACCGCUUCCUUCUCCACGAAGUUCACUUUCUCCAUCGCCAACGUCAAUCCGAGCUCUUACGGGGACGGCAUGUCGUUUUUCCUCUCGACGGACAACCGGAUGCUCGGCAGCCCCGGCGGCUAUCUGGGUCUCGUCAAUUCCUCCCAAGUGACCAAGAACAAGUUCGUCGCCAUCGAAUUCGACACGAAGCUCGAUUUGCACUUCAACGAUCCAAAUGACCAUCACGUUGGAUUGGACAUCGAGAGCCUCAAUUCGAUUAAGACCGCUGAUCCAAUCUUGCAGGGUGUCGAUUUGAAGAGCGGCAGUUCGAUUACUACUUGGAUUGAUUACAAGAAUGACCAAGAAAAACUUAAAGUGUAUCUAAGCUACUCGAAUUUCAAGCCCGAAAAGCCGGUUUUGAGCGUAGAUAUCGAUCUCUCCGAGCAUCUGAAGGAGGUUAUGUUCGUGGGUUUUUCGGCCUCGACGGAAGGGAGCACGGAGAAGCAUUUGGUUGAGAAUUGGAGCUUUCAUACAUUCGGGUUCGUUGCGAAAAGGCCGAAGCUGCAGCCCCACAAUGUGUCUGAUACUUAUGUGGUGGUAAGUCCGAGAAUUCCAGUGUCCGGUUCGGGGGAUAAGCACCACAGGCGGCUCGGCUUAGGACUUGGUAUUGCCGGGCCGGCGUUCUUUUGCGUGGCGCUGUUGGUUUUCGGGUAUGUUUCUGUGACGAAAUGGAUGGAGGUGAGAAGACAGAAGAGCUUCAAAGCAGAGGUUGUGGCAGGGCCCAGAGAGUUCAGUUACAAGGAGCUGAAAUCUGCCACAGGAAGGUUUCAUUCCAGUAGGAUUCUUGGGCAUGGAGCUUUCGGGACUGUUUACAAGGCGUUUUUCGUGUCUUCGGGCACCAUUUCUGCGGUGAAAAGAUCCAAGCAUUCCCAUGAAGGUAAAACUGAAUUUCUUUCUGAGUUGUCGAUUAUUGCUUGCUUGCGCCACAAGAAUUUAGUUCACCUUCAAGGCUGGUGUGUUGACAAGGGUGAAUUGCUUCUUGUUUACGAUUUCAUGCCUAAUGGGAGCCUCGAAAAGGCACUGUACCAAGAACCCGGGCAAAGUACCUUGUUAGAUUGGUCUCGGAGACUGAAUGUUGCGGUUGGAUUGGCGUCUGUUUUGACAUAUCUGCAUCAGGAAUGUGAGCAGCAGGUCAUCCACAGGGACAUAAAGACUGGCAAUGUUUUGCUGGACGGGAAUUUAAACGCGAAGCUCAGUGAUUUCGGGUUGGCAAAGCUCAUGGAUCACGAUAAAAGCCCUGUUUCCACACUGACAGCAGGAACAAUGGGGUACCUUGCGCCUGAGUAUCUUCAAUACGGGAAAGCAACCGAAAAGACUGAUGCUUUUAGCUAUGGUGUGGUGAUCCUUGAAGUGGCAUGUGGAAGGAGACCAAUAGAAAGAGAGCCAGGAAGUGAGAAGGCAGUGAAUUUGGUUGAUUGGGUUUGGGGGCUGCAUUCCAAAGGGAAGAUUAUCGAGGCAGCUGACAAGCGGUUGAAUGGGGAGUUUAACGUGGAAGAAAUGAGGAAGCUGCUACUUGUCGGGUUAAGUUGCGCUAACCCUGAUAGCGCGGAGAGGCCUACGAUGAGGAGAGUUCUGCAGAUUCUGAGUAACGAGGCAGAAGUUCAAGCCGUGCCAAGGGUGAAGCCAAGUCUGAGUUUCUCUAGCAGAUUGCCUAUGUCGCUUGAUGAAAUUGUUUCGGAUUGUGAUGAGGAGGAUUGCGGCAGCCCCACCAGCUCUCUGCGUGAGAUCAUCAUUCACUGAAGAUUAUAUGUAGAUUGCAGAUGGUUGAAUUAUUUGAUUCUUUUACGUUUUACCACUGCUUAUUUUUUUAUCCUGUAGUUUGAAGAUUAGAGACCGUAGAGUUCGCUGGCCUGAGUUCAAAGCUUUCUGUUGAACUGUGUGGUCUCUGCUUUGUCCAGGACACAAAAAAAAAAACGCUUCUUGCUUGAAUAUUUCAAUUGCAAUAGAAGAUUUCUGACUGGUUUACGAGUUGAAUGUUACAUACGAACGAUUUCUAUA